GUAAAAUCCUUAAUGAUGAUACUGCUCUUAAAGAAUACAAAAUUGAUGAGAAGAACUUUGUGGUGGUUAUGGUGACAAAACCCAAAGCAGCAGCUGGAGUGACUCAGCAGACAAACGCUGCUACUGCUAUUACCUCGACAACUGCAGCUCCCACACCAGUCACUGCACCAAUCCCUGCUGCUGCCCCUGUGCCAGCUCCUGUCCCUCCACCACCAGCACCAGAUGCAGUUGCUUCUGAAUCUGCACCUGUGAGUGCUCCUGAAGAAGAGAAGCCAGCAGAAAAACCACCUGAGGCACCAGCUGCUGUCAGCCCAUCAUCAACUGAGAGUACAACAGGUGAUACAUCUCGAUCAAAUCUUUUUGAGGAUGCUAUAAGUGCACUUGUGACAGGUCAGUCCUAUGAGAAUAUGGUGACUGAGAUCAUGUCAAUGGGCUAUGAACGAGAGCAAGUAAUUGCGGCACUGAGAGCCAGCUUCAACAAUCCUGACAGAGCAGUGGAAUACCUUUUAAUG